CGUGUCGGGGAGCCAGUGUGAGUCGAGCUGUGGUAGGGGGUGCGUCGCUCGCCCCUUCGCUCCGUCCCUCCUCCACGUGCCAGCCCUCGGGACCCAUGGCACCAACCCACGGUGCCACCAAAGACUAUGGGCUGUAGAUAACGAGUGCCACAGUGCGUAUACGAGUGAGGAAUCGCCUGCUACUCUCACUACUCUAGAUUAGCGAAAGAGUAGUCGAAAAUAGAUAAAAAAAAAAGAGAAAAAGAAAGUUUUGUGAUGAGAGAAGAGCAGUGUGUACCUGUGUGGUUAGCUGUGGUGUGAUGUGGCGGUGGUGCAGGUGUGGUUGCUACCCUGGGGUGUGGCGCCGCGCUCUUCCUGUGGAAAAUAGACAGGAAGACGUGUAGGAAAAAAAAAUAAAGAAGUGUUUAGUGAAAGAGUGACGGAGAGAAGAAAAAUUGUAAAGAGUAAUUGAAAAAAAAAGUGUUUUGUGUUGUUUUUGUGUUGAUAAGAUUCCGCAUGGCUCUCUGCAGUGUUACCAGCUGAGAGAGAGAGAGAGUGUGUGUGUGUGUGUGUGUAUGUGUGCGUGUGUGUGUGGAGGCCGCGGGACAGCUCGACACGUCACACACACACACACGCCUCUCCACCACCACCACCACGCCGCCCCCACCCCCCAGCCUCCUUGCGUAGGUGUAGGCGCUGGGAUGAGGGGGCCUAGGAGACGACGGUGGCUGGGAAAAGAGGAGGAGGAGGAGGAGGAGGAGGAGAACAGCACAACAUCACCCCAAGCACCAGCACCCACAGCACCACAGCCUUACCACAGUGGCGGGAAUUGCAGAGGGCGUGUGGUGCGGUGGGGAUGCGUGGCCCUGGCCCUGCUGUGGGUGCUGUGUGUGGUUGGUGGGGCUGAAGGUUACGGGCGGUACUUAACAAGCGCACGACGCCCUAUAUGCCAAACUGUGCCUUCCUGGGGACGUUGGCCUGAGAAUGUGACUGACUCGGAUGAGGAGUACAUUUUCGUGGGGUUCCUCCCGACGCGGCGCGGGACGAGGAGGGAGCGGCUGGGCAUAAAGAUUCCUGGCGCCUUCACCUACUCCGCCAAGAAGGUCAAUGACGAUGGAAUCCUACCAGAGAAUUAUAAGCUGCGAUACGAGUUCUUCGACACGGGCGGCGAGGAGGUCAAUGGCAGCAGAAUCAUGGUGGAGCUGCUGUGCCGCAACGUGUCUGCUGUGUUUGGCCCCGAGCACACCUGCUAUGUGGAGGGAACCAUCGCCCAGGGGAAGAACCUGCCACUCAUAUCCUACGGCUGCACUGACGAGAAGGCUUCCAAAUUUACCACCUUCGUCAGGACCAACCCGUCUGAGAUCUACAUCAUCCGCACAGCAGUAGCAGCCAUGAAACACAACAACUGGACUCGAUUUUCCGUGAUCUAUGACAAGGAUCAGGUCAGCACCAAGGACACGCUGGUCAGGGAGGCACAAAAUUCCAACAUGACGGUAAAUCACGUGGAUGAAUAUGACAAGGAGAGACUCUACCUUAUCCUCGACCGCACCAAGAACGCUACCCGAAUAUACGUGUACGUUGGUCACCGGAACCUUGUGAACCAAAUACUGUCAGUCAUGUCAAUGAAUGGGAUGUCCCCCGGCCCGGGCCCCAAGGAGUACCUGCUGCUGUACAUAGAGAAUGAAGAGUACAACACGGGAGACUGGCUCGCGUACAUCUGGGGCGACGAGGCGAACGUCGAGCAGGAAUGCCGCAAAAAUGACCUCUUGUCCUUUGACCAAGCCUUCAUGGUGGUGGCCAACAGGAAGCCAGAGAGCAGCGAUUUGUCUCAGAUGGUGCGCAGGUACAACAUGCAGCCGCCCUUCUGCCUGGGACUCAAAAAUAAUGUAACCAGGAGUGACAGACCCCGGCACGUACCUUACCUACCUUCGGCACACCUGUACGAUUCGGUUCAGCUUUACGCUACAGUGGUGGCCGAACUGUACGAAGAGCUCAAGGGCACCAAUGUCACGGUGCAGGACAUCGCCAGGAACGGCAAACUCAUCAAGGACAAGAUGCGGAACAGGACCUAUGAGAGCAUCCUUGGUUUCAGCAUGACAAUGAAUGACAACGCCACCAGUGAGGGGAAGUACAGUGUAUAUCUUUUCUCUGAUUGCCCCAGCGACACCCUCUCCACCUGUCCCCUCUGCCUGCACAAAAUUAGCGAUUACCACAGCGAGAAUCGGUCACUCGACGCAAGUGCAAUACGCCUCAAGAUCCUGGACGAGCCUGUGUGUGGGUAUGACGGGAUGAAAUGUGACACAGGCCAGCAUUACCAGAAGCAGAUAGCGUGGGUCCUUGGUAGCAUUCUCGUCCUUUGCCUGUUCAUCUCGACCAUUCUGUAUCGCAACUGGAAAUACGAGCAGGAAAUUGUUGGUCUUCAGUGGCGAAUUAACCAGAGUGACCUAAUCAUGAGCACCAAUCACGUGGCCGCUGGAAGUCGGCAAAGCCUCGUGAGCGCCUACUCCUUUGAUCUGCACGGGGAGUGGUUCCAGAACUUGGCCAAAUACAAGGGCGUAGUGGUGUGCGUCAAAUUGAUCCCGCUGAACCAGAGGCGCUCGGAACUCAGUAGAAAUACCAUGAAGGAGAUGAGAAACAUGCGAGAAAUGAAGCAGGACAACGUGUGUGCCUUCAUCGGAGCUUACGUGGAGCACAGCAAGGUGGCGUUAGUGUCUGAAUACUCUCCACGUGGCUCCCUGUUGGACAUCCUGGGUCUCGAGGACAUGAAACUCGAUAGCCUCUUCAUAUCCUCCCUCAUCCAUGAUCUCCUCAGGGGUAUGAUCUUCCUGCACUCUCACUUCGGCCCACACGGGAACCUUAAGUCGACAAACUGCGUCGUAAACAGCCGGUGGGUCCUUCAGAUCACUGACUACGGGCUGCAGGACCUUCGUUGUGAGACUCUGAAGCAGCUGGAGCGCGAUGACCAAGUGCAGUUUCAUAGACAGAUGCUGUGGAAGGCACCGGAGCAGUUGAGAGAGGGUAUCGAUGCACCGUGGACCAAAGAGGCUGACAUUUAUUCCUUCGGUAUCAUCCUGCACGAGGUGAUUGGCCGCCAGGGACCCUACGGCAUGUACGACGGGAUAGCCAAUGACAAUGCAGCUGACAUCAUCUGUAAGGUCAGGGCUGGCAGUACGGAAGCUGGGUCACCAUAUCGACCUGACCUCAACAAAAUUGUGGACAUGCCCUUCGGUUCCAACCCUUCUGUACGCAACGCCAUGCAGAUGUGCUGGUCCGAGUCACCCGCGGACCGCCCCAGCUUCAGGGCCGUCAAGCUCAAGAUCAAGGGCAUGAAGGAUAAGUGCAAACGAGGCAACCUAAUGGACCACAUGAUGCAAAUGAUGGAGCAGUACAGCAAGAACUUGGAGGAACUCGUGGCCAACCGCACCCAGGCAUUGCGCGACGAGGAGAAACGCACCAAGGACCUGCUCCACCGCAUGCUGCCCUCGUCCGUGGCGGCGAGUCUGGCCCAGGGCAUCGCUGUGGAGCCCCAAGGUUUUGAUGCUGUCACCAUCUACUUCAGCGACAUUGUUGGGUUCACUUCAUUGUCAGCUGAGAGCACCCCAUAUGAGGUGGUCACUUUCCUUAACGACCUGUACACGCUGUUUGACAAGAUCAUCCGUGGCUAUGACGUGUACAAGGUGGAGACUAUUGGGGACGCCUACAUGGUGGUGUCUGGCCUGCCCAAGCCGAAUAGUGGCCGACAUGCAGGGGAGAUCGCUUCCAUGGCCCUCGAGCUGCUGGAUGGGGUUCAGAACAAGUUUGUGAUUACUCACCGACCUGAGAAGAAACUGCUGCUGAGGGUAGGUCUACACACGGGGCCUGUCAUCGCCGGUGUGGUAGGCCUCACUAUGCCUCGCUACUGCCUCUUCGGGGACACUGUCAACACUGCUUCGAGGAUGGAGAGCAACGGGGAGCCUCUGAGAAUCCACAUCUCCCAGACAUGCAGGAACGCACUGGAGAAGCUUGGCGGCUACCUGACAGAGAAGCGCGGCCUCGUCCCCAUGAAGGGCAAGGGGGAGGUGCUGACCUACUGGCUCAACGGUGCCACUGAGGAGGCCAUCCAGCGCCGGGAGGUGUCUGAGUUGCUGCCGCCACUGCUGCAGCAGAGUGACGCUGAUGUGGUGGGGGAGGUGAGGCGGAGGAGCCCCAGACUCAGCUCACUGGGCAACCGCACCUCCAGUGUCCGCAGGAGUGUGGAGGAGCCUGGGGACCUGAACGGUGGCCUUGGGCUGCUGGGGGAGGAGGCCCGGGACUCCCCGCGCUCCGAGGUGUUCCGCCGCCGCCGCCUCAGCCACAACUUCCGCACCGCCAGCAUCGACAACACUCAGCGCGGCAGCCUGCUGUGCCCGCCGGUGGCCAGCCCGGUGAGUGCACUCAUCGCCGCAGAGACCGUGCCCCAGAGCAUCAGUCUGGAUUGCCUCAACCAGUCUGGCAUGAGGCUGGAAGUGCCGGCCCUGCAGAACACCACCGCGGCAGCCUCCCCGUCCUCGUCGGAGCCCACGCUGCCCAUGGAGGACAAGCGAGGCGUCAACUUCUGUCCGUCGGCUCGUGCGGGCGGGACAAACUUCCCAGCGCAGGGGAACGGAGAGCGGGAGCCAAUGCUGGGCGGGGAGAACCGGGAGGAGCCGUGGGAGGAGGACGUGGGGACACGCGGGGAGAGCAGCCCCAUCUCCCACACCCAGGCAGGCAAGCCUGCGUCCUUCAAGGCUCUGCUCGCCGGCUUCCUCCCACACUCCAAGCCAGCGUCCAAGUUCAUUAAUGGCCUACGUCGGGAGAACCUGGUCUAGGGGCGCCGCUGUGGCCCUCCUGGUGGUGCUGUGUGUCCUGCUGUGCGGCGGACACUGUCAUGUGAUGUGGGACUCGCCAACGCCCUCCUGGGAUAUUCCGCAGGAGGCCGAGGUGUACCAGUGGAUGUGUUUAUAUUUCUAGCCAUGUUUUGGGACAUUUUGGCAUCAUGGGGCAGUGUACUGUGUCCUGGGGCG